AUGGAAUCUUUUAUACAUCUGUUCGAAACGGCAGCCGGAUCCGGGGCCGAAACUUCCCGGGCGUCGAUGCCCGAAAGUUUACCUCCCGAGGUUGGUGAUCCUAAGCUUUGCAGGUUUAGUUUCUGUUAAUAAGAAGUUUUCAAUUUGUUUGUCUGUAAUUUAUCUUGUCAUGAACAGGUUGAAGAAGGAAAUGUGGAAUACAAGGUAAGUUGAUCGCUAUUUUGUUUUCUUCACGAAGUAAAUAUUGCAGAUUCAGCGCUGUAAGUUAAGCUUACUUUUAUCCUUUGCGCGGGAAAAAAAAUUCAAAUAAAAUAAAUGAGCUCAAUCGAUCGACAUUUACACCUAUCUAACGGCUAAAACUACCGUUAUGUUUUCAAUGAAAAUGUUUCAUGUAACAGAUUUUUUGUACGUAUUUGCUUUAAAAUAGCUUAAGCUGGAAACUCAUCAAGUAAAGUAACUGGUACAGAUCAACUCCCACCAGUUUCCCAGGGGAUUGAUUUCAAAUGCAAAACUCUGUCGCUUUAUUCACCGGACACUCAGAGCAUAAGUUUUACAAACUAUUUUAUUGGUUAUCGGCGUUAAUUAAUGCAAAUACCAUUGUUUCUAUGAUUUACAGAGCUUACAGAUGUACGCCCUUAAGAUUUCAAGCUUUUUAUAGUGGUUAUUUCCUGGGCACCCCUUCCCGUUAUUCUAACACACCGACAAAUAUAUAUGUGGCUGGGAAUCAAAGGCAUUUUCAAUGAAGACCUGUUCAAAUACAAUACAGUGUGUUUUAGGUUAAAGGUCAGAAACUCUGCAGAAACUAGAUAAACUUCAUAAACACUAGAAUAUUUUAUCAAUAAAAUAUUUUGAUUAAACAUUUUCUUUCACAAAUCAUAACAGCUGAAACUUGUGAAUCCCUCUCCGUCUCGUCUGGAGCACUUGGUAACACAGAUGAAAUGGCGCCUUCAGGAAGGAGACGGGGAAGCAAUUUAUGAGAUUGGUGUUGAAGACAAUGGCAUGUUUGUUGGUCUUACAAGAGAAGAGCUGGAUUCAUCUCUUAACACACUUAAUGUCAUGGCAUCCAAGCUCGGUGCUCAUACCACCUUGCUUCGACGUCAUGUAGUGGAAAGCACGGGCAGUAGCUUUGCAAGGGAAGUAGCUGAGGUCUUUGUUCGGCGAGUGCCAGAUGAUCAGAAGGUAUGCACAGCAUGUAAAGCAAGUGGCAGGGCUGAAAAUAACGGCCGGUCAACGGGCAAUGUCCAGCCUGAUCGCGGACUUGACCGGUCAAACUCCGGUCUUGCUGGUCAUUUUGACCGGUCAUUUUUGGAUACAAACAUUUUAUUUUCCAUUAAGUUGUCGCUUAAUGCUCUAUAACGCUGCAAUGAUUUCUUUUUGCUUUGGCGUUUUUUGCUGCUUUGCGCUAAACCCUUCUAAGAAAAAGAACACCACAGUAAAUUAAUUUCAUGUCAUAAUGUUGUAAUGAAACGCAACAAAGUCAAUAACAAACUGAGUUGAAAAGUAACGCAACGUGGCAAGUCGUACUGUACUUUCUGCUUUGCUGUAAUCAGUAAUGUGACCUUCUUUGGGAAUUCGAAGGAAUUUAGGCAAAUCGAUCGCAAUUCUCAACAGGUUUUCCUCUGUUUCUCCAGGAAUAAAUGUUAGCGCACAAUUAAUAAAUUAUUAUUUCUUUUAUGUCAAACGUGAAUCUCGUUUGCAGACUUGAUUCCAGAAUGGUCUGAUAAACAUUUAAGCUAAUCAAGAGGGAAGGUUGUCGUCUAUCUCGGCGCUAGAUUCUCGUUCUUGUAAACAACUUUAUGCAAAUUUCUGUUGACAUUUGAGCCCUUCGCAAUAAAAUGUUGCGCGAUGACCCAAAUUUAUUUAUUGACUUCUUAUGAUAAACACGCUGUUUGUGGAACAAACUUCUCGCCAAUGCAAAUCAACUUCUUUGCCAAAAAUAUUAGCGACAAUUCUUUGAGGAGGUGACUUUCGAUCACGUGCCAGGCAAGGAAAAAGAUCAAGUUCCACCGAUGUUCAUUUCGGAACAUCAACGUAAAACAAGCGUACAUGCAGAUUUUAUAAAAUAACCCAAUUAACCCAAUCCGCGAAAACCGCGGAAAGGAACUCUACAACAUGCAAAUGCAUUUUUCACCAACUUGCUGUCAAAAAUGUGAACGUCAAUCAGGGUGCAAAGAAAAUCUUUUUUACAGUUUGCAAUUCACACAAGCUGAAGUUAGCAUUUACCAGCCCAGACAUCAUUUCAACUAGCCCCAAAAGCUUUUUGAUGAGCAGAAUUUAUUUCACAGUUCUUCUGUUAUUCAAAUUCCUCAAAAAACAUCACUUGCCCGUCAGGCAAGUUAAGAACAGAAUUCACUAACCCAAUAGCAAAAUCCACUAGCCCUGGGCUAUCGGACACUUCUUUCUUUACACACUGGUCAAUGUAUUAAUAACGAUCUAUUGCCAGCAUAACUGGAUAUUCCUUAGGCAAAAAAAAAUUAUUAGUAUUCAUUAUUUGACCGGCCAGAAUCGGGGUUUGUCCAGGCUAAAAAAUGUUUGGCUGGUCAUCAUGACCGGCAGCCUGCUGUCCGUUAUCUUCAGCUCUGAGUAGUGCCUGAUAGCCUGGGGCUAGUGGAUUUUGCUGUUGGGCUUAUUGAAGGUUUUUUGGUAAUUCAAAUUAUGGAAGAACUGUAAUCAUUCCUGCUCAUCAAAAAAUUUUUUUGGCCAGUUGAAUCAACUUUUAGGCUAGUACAUGCUAGCUACAGCUUGCACAAAUGGCAAGCUGUAAAACUUACUUUCUUUGCACCCUGUAUGCAAUAUUUUGUUGCAAAUGGAUACUGAUUCAUUGAAAGACGGGAUCUAUUGGAUUAGAAUAUUGUUGUUACCUGUGCUUUUUUAGCCUGGUUUCCAUGUAGUUGUCUAGAUUGUAUUGGCUGCCAACAUUUAUGAGGGACAGUUGGGAUGAUCAAGACAUUUCAGACGAUUACAUCAAACCCAGCUUAUAAAUCAGUGCUGAAAAGUGGGAGGAUUUAGAAAAUUUUUGCCUUUUGCAGUAAUUUCUUAUUACAUAAAAACAUUGAUUCUGUACAGUUGAUUGCAAAAAAGAAUUAUGUAAUAUCAAAACUCCUAUUACUUUGUCUUUGUUCACUUUUCAGUCUGUUUCAAAGAUCUUAGUAAUUUUUGCAGAUUUCAGUGGUUUGAUACUCUUUUUGUAGUUUAUUGACAUACGACUCGCGGUGUUGGGAAACGUUGAUGCUGGGAAAAGUACCCUGCUGGGUGUCUUAACACAUGAUGAGUUAGACAAUGGCCGUGGACGAGCACGGUUGAACCUUUUUCGACACCUUCAUGAGAUUCAAAGUGGGAGAACGUCAAGUAUUAGUCAUGAAAUACUAGGAUUCAAUAGUAAAGGAGAGGUACAAUGAAAUACUGUAGUACUUAACUUUCCCAAACUCCUUGUAUGAGAAGGGGCCCAAUCAUUUGUCUGGACAAACUUUCAGGUUGCCAGGCAUUUUGACGGACUUGCAAGUAGGUGGCCAGAAAAAAAAUGCUUCAAGCCAUUGUGUCUCAAGAGGACAAGCAUCUAUUUUCAGUUCAUGUGUUUGCUCUUUAGGCUAACACAUUCAAGUUAUUAUAGUGUUAUUUUUAACAUUUUGAACUGGCAGAAGAGAGACAAGACCAAGCUAAAAUUUCUUUGGACAGUCAACAUGACUGGCAGCAGUCCCUAAUUUAUUUUAAUGGAGCCCUGGUUACAAAUCUUAAUUUCCGUAUUGAUUUUUACCUGAAUUUUUGAAAAAAGUAUUAAAUAAUGAGAAUUUUCACCCUUUUUGUAUUUACUUAGGUUAUAAACUACAGUGAAUCGCGCACUGCAGAAGACAUUUGUGAGCAGUCGUCCAAACUCAUUACAUUUAUAGACCUUGCUGGACAUCACAAAUAUUUAAGAACAACAAUAUUUGGUCUGACGGGUCAUUCCCCAGAUUUUGCUAUGCUGGUCAUUGCUGGAAACGCUGGUGUAGGUGCGUUUUAACCCAGCAUUUUGCUCAAAUAUAAGCUUACAGCAGAGUUACUGUUUAGUAUUGUACUUAACAUUUAUAGUGUGUGAAGUCACUUUGUUGCACAUUCCCGGUAGCUGGUGUCUCCCCCUGUCUUGAUGAAUAGUUGGUUGCAUGAUUUUGUCACAUGUAGAUUAUCACAUUUAUUCCUCUCCUAUGUCAGUCUGGUUCCCUGUCUGGAAAUCAUUCAUUUUUGGACAGGAACUGGUGACCCCAGUACUUCCAAAAAAGAAGUUUUACAAGUUCUGUUGCAAGCUUUAAUUUGUGCAGUUUUCUAAUAAUAAGAAAAUUAAAAAAUAUAUAUUUAAAUUCUUUUAAAUCUCCCAUAAAUUAUCAAUAAUCACAGAUGCAUAGAUACAUUUAAGUACAGUAUGUGUGCAAAAAAAAGUUUUUUUAAAAGUUAAUUUAACUUUUUGUCUUAAUUGAUAAUUUUAAAAUGAUUCUCUUACUACACUGUGCAAUCAACUAUUAUUAUGUUUCCUUGCAGUUAUUAAUAUUUUGCAAUGUUGAAAAUUAUGUUUAGUUGGAACUACAAAAGAACAUCUGGGUUUAGCCAUGGCGCUCAAGGUUCCUACCUUAGUGAUCGUAAACAAAACUGACAUCUGUUUACCAACAAUGGUGGGACACACCCUAAAAGUUCUUGAUCGACUUUUAAAAUCUCCUGGCUGUAAAAAAGUACCCGUUGUUGUUGAAACUGAAGAUGAUGUUAUAGUUGCUGCAACAAACUUCAUUUCAAAUCAGUAAGUUACUUUACUUAACCGCUGUAUAAUUCCAGGAACAUUUACCUAUUUAAUCAUUAGCAAGUGGUCCCUGAUGUUGUGCUACGCAUAUAAAUUAUAAAAAUGUUCCACCAGAAAAUUUUGAAAUUUUGAAGCAGUGAUGAGCUAUAACACUUGAGUUUUCAACCAAAAUACAGUACAUUUCAGUUUUUCACUAUGAUACCCAAUGUAGCUUGGUUGUUGUUGCAGAAAGUAUUGUUGGUAAGCCGUUGUGCUUAGCAGUAGUAUUUGUUCAUUCCCUUCUCAAUACUCUUGUACAUUGGUUAUUCAAUUAUUGCACCAUACAUAACCCCAAAAGUGCUAUGACCUUAUAUUGCCUGUGAAAAAGGUUGUACUACAAGUAAUAAGUCAAUGUAUAUAUUCUUUUCUUUAGGGUGACACCAGUUUUUACGGUCUCUUGUGUAACUGGCGAGAAUCUUAAUCUCAUAAAAAAGUUUCUGAAUCUUGUACCUCCAGCGCGAUCAGCCAUGGAUCAGGAGAAACUUGCACAGGAAUUAACAGAGUAUCAGGUGAGUUUCUCUCUAAUCGUUUUGUAAACAAAAAAAACUUUACUUGCAAUCUUCAAGGGUACAUGUAGAUGUCAUUUGACAAGGCAAAAAUAUUUAAUCUGUCUAUUAAAGGUGCAAACUUGUUUGUGUUCUGCUUUCACUUACAUUUGGCAUAUCAAAUCCACAUGAAGGGCUAUUUUUUGGCAGUAGAGCCAGCCCUUAAGAAAUAUUUUUGCAAGCAACAAAGCCACCAGGAAAACAGUCAGUAUAAAAAGGGGAUUGCGGACUGGGUAUAAAACAUGGACUAGGUAUAAAAUGAGGACUAGAAACUAUGGACUGAUUAUAAAACAAUAUGAAAUGUGGACUGUGUAUAUAAGAACAUCUUUAGAAAGGUAAAACUGAGAGAAGCGGAUAGUUGACUAGCAUAAAACAGUAGUCCCAGCUCCUUGCCUCGCACACAAACAUUCCUUUGGUUGGUCGCGUAGUCUACUGUCCCCAACGUCAGCGUUGUGUGGAGAAGGAAAGCAUACUGCAAGGGCAAGGAAGGUUAUGCCGCUGCUCAAGGCAACUGAAAACGAAACUCUGAAUUUUAUAAAAAGAAGGAGUUAGAGGAAAAUUCAAUUGAAUUUUAUAGUUUUAAGCCAAUAGAAGAUGUGAGAUUGAGACGCACCAAAUAAAAAAUGGUAUUAAUUGGUGUCAGUGAGAGUAAAAUUCUGCCACAAUUCCAUUUCAAAGCCUAGGGGAUAUGAGGAAAUGAAGAACCCAGAUGAGAAGGUCAACAAUAUAGGGGCAUUAUGCAAUGCAAGAAAGCUGUAUUUAGGGGGAAGGGGUUACUCACCUAUACGUGAAUAAUAACUGAAAUAUAUCAUCCAACGUUAUAUUCUAAGCCAUGAUGAUAUGAUUUACACCUAUGUUAACAUGUACAUCGCCUCUCAGUGACCCCUGUCAUGGGUGUUAGAGACCAAGACCAGGUCUAAAAGUGGCUGUAGAGAAAGCAUUUUGGUCAGGCUCAGGAUUUGGAGAACUGGGCGGCACACAUCCACCAAAAUUUCUAGGAGUAUUUAUAACUUAAACUCAAGUGUUGUGCUAUUUAGCGAUCUUUUGAUCUUAUUUUACCUUAACUAGAACCAACUAGCACAGUUUUUACAAACAUAGUAGGCAGUCUGCAUUUUAUACCCAGUCUACAGUCCGUAUUAGUUUUAUACUAACCAACAAGGAAAAAUUCCUACCUGACACAUCCCCAUUGUUUAAUUGCAUUCUAUUUUAUUUACCAUUUCCCUCAUUUUGUUUUUUUUUUCCCGUUUUGACCAAAGUAAUGCCCCUGAGACUUUGGCACAAAUUGGUUUUACAUGGUAGAGCUUUGUUUAUUCAAGACCACAAGUUCUGUUGAUUAGGCAGACUUUUUCCAUGAUAGUUUGGACAGUAAGGGAGCACAGAGAUUAGUUUGACGUUUGUAAUACGUGGUAUGUUGUGUUUGUUACUAGGUGGACAAGAUAUUUAAUGUUCCUGGUACUGGACCUGUAGUUGGUGGAACUUUAGAAAGGUGAAAACAGACAAGGCAGCCUGUCCUACUGCUGUAAUAGCCUAAUGUUGUUUUUCCAACAAAUAACAGUGCUUUUUUUACCUCUGUACCUGAGUCCCUGAAGCAUAAAAAUCCCCAAAGAUGCGAAAUAAUUCAUGGCAUGCGUCCCGUAGGAUGCAAAGAACAAUAGGUUUAUUUGGAGUUUUUUGGUAGAAUAUCCUAUUUGUGUGAUUUAACUGUCUGGUUACACACACUGUAAAGGCCCAAGUAUUUUCAAUUUUUUGAACUGGGACUCAUUGGUUAUGGAUAGGGUCUCAGGAUUUUUCACAAGAUGAGUCCCAGGACUCACCAUACAACUGUAAUUAUUUGUAACAAAAUCACUUCAAAUAAACUGGAGUACUCUAAAAAAAUACUUGUCUAAUUAUAAGGCUUACUUUUCUUGGAGUGGUAAAGAAAAAUCAAACAAUACAUAGCUGUUAGCAGGAAAUCGAUCACCCAAAGACUGGACUUGUUUUGUCUUGGGAAUCAGUUUUACAGAAACCCAACUGUUUUGCUAACUCUUCCACCUAUUUGGGAAAAAUAAUAGAGACUUGGACUACAAAAAUACAGCAAACUAUCACAGGAUUUUGAUUGAAAGUCUUCUAGUAGCAAUUCAUAGAGCAUGAAUUUAAAUGUGGCUAAAUAUCAUUCAGGCAAAGUUAAACUUGAUCGAGUUGGCCAGCGGUCUUCUUCCACACCAGGACAUAACCUACAAGGUGGCCCUUGGGGAAUUGCAGGGCUCCUCGUGUGUUCUUUUGUUAGAGAUGAAUUGAACUGUUAAUAAUAAUCACAGUUUUGUUAGUUAUUGAUAUUGAAUAAGACUUUGUAAAAUAUGUACAGUAACAAAGUUGCACUAUUUUAAGUCCAGUCUGAUUGUUUUCUUGUCAGGGGUGUGUUGCGUGAAGGUGAUCAACUUCUCCUGGGUCCAUCGCAGGACGGUUCCUUUCAUCCAGUUACUGUGACAUCUGUGAAGAGGAACCGUGCUGCCUGCCGUGUGGUGCGUGCAGGCCAGGCUGCUACUGUGGCAAUCAGUGGAAUGGAUAGGAACUUGCUGAGACGAGUAAGUUUAAUGAGUGAACUUCUAGGCUUUCUGUAAGAUAAAAAUAUUUAAUCUGUCUAUUAAAGGUGCAAACUUGUUUGUGUUCUGCUUUCACUUACAUUUGGCAUAUCAAAUCCACAUGAAGGGCUAUUUUUUGGCAGUAGAGCCAGCCCUUAAGAAAUAUUUUUGCAAGCAACAAAGCCACCAGGAAAACAGUCAGUAUAAAAAGGGGAUUGCGGACUGGGUAUAAAACAUGGACUAGGUAUAAAAUGAGGACUAGAAACUAUGGACUGAUUAUAAAACAAUAUGAAAUGUGGACUGUGUAUAUAAGAACAUCUUUAGAAAGGUAAAACUGAGAGAAGCGGAUAGUUGACUAGCAUAAAACAGUAGUCCCAGCUCCUUGCCUCGCACACAAACAUUCCUUUGGUUGGUCGCGUAGUCUACUGUCCCCAACGUCAGCGUUGUGUGGAGAAGGAAAGCAUACUGCAAGGGCAAGGAAGGUUAUGCCGCUGCUCAAGGCAACUGAAAACGAAACUCUGAAUUUUAUAAAAAGAAGGAGUUAGAGGAAAAUUCAAUUGAAUUUUAUAGUUUUAAGCCAAUAGAAGAUGUGAGAUUGAGACGCACCAAAUAAAAAAUGGUAUUAAUUGGUGUCAGUGAGAGUAAAAUUCUGCCACAAUUCCAUUUCAAAGCCUAGGGGAUAUGAGGAAAUGAAGAACCCAGAUGAGAAGGUCAACAAUAUAGGGGCAUUAUGCAAUGCAAGAAAGCUGUAUUUAGGGGGAAGGGGUUACUCACCUAUACGUGAAUAAUAACUGAAAUAUAUCAUCCAACGUUAUAUUCUAAGCCAUGAUGAUAUGAUUUACACCUAUGUUAACAUGUACAUCGCCUCUCAGUGACCCCUGUCAUGGGUGUUAGAGACCAAGACCAGGUCUAAAAGUGGCUGUAGAGAAAGCAUUUUGGUCAGGCUCAGGAUUUGGAGAACUGGGCGGCACACAUCCACCAAAAUUUCUAGGAGUAUUUAUAACUUAAACUCAAGUGUUGUGCUAUUUAGCGAUCUUUUGAUCUUAUUUUACCUUAACUAGAACCAACUAGCACAGUUUUUACAAACAUAGUCAGCAGUCUGCAUUUUAUACACAGUCUGCAGUCCGUAUUAUUUUUAUACUGAGCAACAAGGAAAAAUUCCUACCUGACACAUCCCCAUUGUUUAAUUGCAUUCUAUUUUAUUUAACAUUUCCCUCAUUUUGUUUUUUUUUUCCCUUUUUGACCAAAGUAAUGCCCCUGAGACUUUGGCACUAAUCGGUUUUACAUGGUAGAGCUUUGUUUAUGCAAGACCACAAGUUCUGUUGAUUAGGCAGACUUUUUCCAUGAUAGUUUGUUGGGUCCACAGAGAACACAAGCUGCCCAUUCCCCAUCUCCUCCCCUGUCAAUGAAAGACUUACAGUAAGGGAGCACAGAGAUUAGUUUGACGUUUGUAAUACCGGGUAUGUUGUGUUUGUUACUAGGUGGACAAAAUAUUCAAUGUUCCUGGUACUGGACCUGUAGUUGGUGGAACUUUAGAAAGGUGAAAACAGACAAGGCAGCCUGUCCUACUGCUGUAAUAGCCUAAUGUUGUUUUUCCAACAAACAACAGUGCUUUUUUUACCUCUGUACCUGAGUCCCUGAAGCAUAAAAAUCCCCAAAGAUGCAAAAUAAUUCAUGGCAUGCGUCCGGUAGGAUGCAAAGAACAAUAGGUUUAUUCGUAGAUUUUUUGGUAGAAUAUCCUAUUUGUGUGAUUUAACUGUUUGGUUACACACACUGUAAAGGCCCAAGUAUUUUCAAUUUUUUGAACUGGGACUCAUUGGUUAUGGAUAGGGACUCAGGAUUUUUCACAAGAUGAGUCCCAGGACUCACCAUACAACUGGAACUAUUUGUAACAAAAUCACUUCAAAUAAACUGGAGUACUCUAAAAAAAUACUUGUCUAAUUAUUAGGCUUACUUUUCUUGGAGUGGUAAAGAAAAAUCAAACAAUACAUAGCUGUUAGCAGGAAAUCGAUCACCCAAAGAUUGGACUUGUUUUGUCUUGAGAAUCAGUUUUACAGAAACCCAACUGUUUUGCUAACUCUUCCACCUCUUUGGGAAAAAUAAUAGAGACUUGGACUAAAAAAUACAGCAAACUAUCACAGGAUUUUGAUUGAAAGUCUUCUAGUAGCAAUUCAUAGAGCAGGAAUUUAAAUGGGGCUAAAUAUCAUUCAGGCAAAGUUAAACUUGAUCGAGUUGGCCAGCGGUCUUCUUCCACACCAGGCCAUAACCUACAAGGUGGCCCUUGGGGAAUUGCAGGGCUCCUCCUGUGUUCUUUUGUUAGAGAUGAAUUGAACUGUUAAUAGUAAUCACAGUUUUGUUAGUUAUUGAUAUUGAAUAAGACUUUGUAAAAUAUGUACAGUAACAAAGUUGCACUAUUUUAAGUCCAGUCUGAUUGUCUUCUUGUCAGGGGUGUGUUGCGUGAAGGUGAUCAACUUCUCCUGGGUCCAUUGCAGGACGGUUCCUUCCAUCCAGUUACUGUGACAUCCGUGAAGAGGAACCGUGCUGCCUGCCGUGUGGUGCGUGCAGGCCAGGCUGCUACUGUGGCAAUCAGUGGAAUGGAUAGGAACUUGCUGAGACGAGUAAGUUUAAUGAGUGAACUUCUAGGCUUUCUGUAAGAACCUGGCAUUUGCAGGGCUCAAAAAGUGUCUUGUUGUGUCGUCUGGGACAAGUAGAUUUUCUUUCAUCCUCCAACUAAAUCAUUAGCUAAGGCAAGCAAGUAGUUGCCCCGGUUAAACAAAACGUGAGAAGUGCUUGCCCAAAGGUCAGACUUGAAUUGAAGUUUUCUCUGAGCACUGAUUUGAGGGGCUGCAGUCAUAAAGGGGCAUUUCAAAUUUUAGGCCAUUCUUUGGUUACCCAAAAAAAAAUACUUGAGAUUUUUGGUAAGUGAAUGCAAGUGACAAGACCUUCUCAGAACGCUAUUUGCUGCCUCUUUUGCCCUAAAAAUCGCCUUGUGUAGCAUGUCUGUGAUUCUGUGUACAAUAAUAGUACUAUUGUCUUGCAAAAUUCAAUUAUUAUAUAUUUUUUUUUCGGCAAUAACUAUUUUAAUUUACUAUAAUUGUUUUGUUAUGUUGGCUUUCGAUGACGUGGAUUUGUUUGUAUUUAUUACAGGGCAUGGUUCUCGCAGACCCUGUUCAGAAGCCACGCCCAUGCUAUGGAUUUUGGGCCGAGGUGUUUCUACUAUUUCACACCACUUCGAUAAGCAAACGUUUUCAAGCCACUGUCUAUAUUGGAAACGUUAUUCAAACAGCAGUCAUUGAGGAGAUGAACAGGGUAUAGUAUAUACAAAUAAUCCCAAUCUCGCCUGCAUAACAGGCGUUCCAUUUUCGCGUUUUUUUAGCCGAGCGAAAAUAACGCUUCUUUCACGUCGCCCGUGUCUCGCGCUCCAUGCCUGCCUCUCGCUUGCCUUACACUGCAGUUCGCUUGAAAAAGUAGAAAAUAACGCCUGUUACACAGGCUGAUCCCGAUCAUUGGGUCAAGACGUUAAAGUAAAACAUUGGAAAGAACUCAGUGUAACUCAAGCAGUGUAUUGUGAUAAGAAAUUACGCUAAGUAGCUUUUAUUUGAAUAAUCAUACCGUACGAUUUCAUAAAAACUUAAUAGCGAUACUCGUGCUGACGUCUCCUAUUAAUAUAUAUGUACGAAUCAGAAGCCCAUUGGUUCUUGUGUCGCUCGUUACAAAUUUUAAAAAUAACAAAAGCAAUGUUUGUAAACAGUGAUGUCUCCGAUCAGCACGACUAAUGGAAAAUGCUGCUCAUUAGCCUUUUUUAGCCUGCGAUCGAAUCGAGCGGAAAAAAAACGCGCGAGCGAGCGGCGAAGCCGGGGGGGGGGGAAGCUGUUUUUGUCCCACCCCUGCCACUCGCGUCUCCUUUCGCGUGCAGCUCUCGCGUGACUCCUCGGAGAGCUUGCUCGCGGGCUAGCCUUUUUUCGUAGUCACUCUAAUAAUUUUAUUCAAAGGCUCGGUAGUUAGAAUCAACUUGCACAGCAUGAUAAACAGCACCAAAGAAAAGUACUGCUCAGGAACUUUGUAAUGCCGGGUUACAUCUCAUGAUUUGAUCCAUAAUCCAUUCCAGAAACUAUCAGGGGAUUUGGCACAAGCUUUCGGCGCAACGAUAUCUGGGAUUGUUCGGUUGGAGGAGCAUUAGUUAUUUUUGGUUGAUGGUUGCCUUGAAUACCAUCCACCAAUCAUAAGUAACGCUUGUCCUCCCAAACUAUCCUAGAAAUCUUUGGGUAAGCUUGUAUCCAUUCUCCCUCGAGUUUUUGAAGUAGGGGUUGAUCAACACUUAUUUCCAUUCGCCAAACUGACGUUGACAGAUUUAUGAUUCGUACACAAAGUAAGGGUUAGGGUUAGGGUUGUUGCUAUAUAUAUUCAAAUCAAACCACUCAUGGUCAGCAUAUCCUCGGUGGUGUAGGGGUUAAAGUGAUGCACUGCAGAGCCGAAGCUCCGAGAUCGAAUCCUACUCGUGCCAUGUUGAAUUUAUUUUUCCUUAAAAAUUGAAGAGACUUAGACUUUUAUGAGCAGAAAUUUCAUGUAAGAAAAGUGAAAUGUCUUGUGAGAGCCACUGAGAGGAAAAUGUCAGUUUGGCGGAUGGAAACAAGUGACGACCGUAGGGAAUAGGCUCCUAGUGCCACGGGAUACCCAGUCUUUAAACUGCUUAUUGUUACGUUUCUGUUUUACUAGGAUUCUCUGAGGACUGGUCAACGAGCAAAGGUUCGUUUCAAGUUCAUGAAGCAGCCGGAGUACAUUCGUGAAGGAGCGAGGGUCUUCUUCAGAGAAGGCCACACUAAGGGCGUUGGACAAGUGCAAAGUGUGAUUUACCAUAACGCAGUCCCUGGUAGAUAG